UAGAGUCCAGCAGAAGCGGAAAACCAAGCAACGGCGGUCGGCGGUCGGCGGCCGGCGGCAGCCUUCUUCCUUCUUCAUCCCCUUGCACAAUGCGGAAUCCAUCGAUCGGAUCAGGUGAUCAAUGCAGCUAGAAAGCUGUCUUGGUUGGUCUCCUCCAAUCCCAAUGAGAGCUCAAACCGAUAAAGUAGAGAGAUCAAAAAGACCGGAGGAUUCAGUUGGCCGAGCGGCGUUGGCCGUCGGGCUGAUGGUGGCGGCUUGCGUCGUGGCGGCGGAUCCGGAGGACUGUUCGAACGUGCUGACUGAUCUGCUGGAUUGCCUGCCCUACGUGAGCAACGGCAGCAACACGAGCAGCCCCAGCGCGGGCUGCUGCAUCGGGGUCACCGACGUCGUCAUCGGCUCGCCCGCCUGCAUCUGCGACGCUCUGAAGCAGGCCCGCGAGCUCGGCGUCGAGCUUAACACCAGCCGCGUGCUUGCCCUCCCGGCUGCCUGCGACGUGAAGGAGCCGGAAAUUCGUUGCGGCGGUGAAAUUCCUCCUGCUUCUUCUCCAUUGCCGUCAAGAGCGCCAUCUACGGCGCCACAGUCAUCAGAGGCACCUUCUUCGCCACCGCCGUCGCCAAUCUCCGCUCCGACUCUGGCGCCACAGUCAUCAGAGGCACCUUCUUCGCCACCGCCGUCGCCAAUCUCCGCUCCGACUCUGACACCUACCGGCUCUCCGCCUCCACCUCCGCCACCACCCCCAGCCCCGUCAACUGAAGGACCAUCACUGUCGCCAGCCGAAGCACCGGCAAGCGACGACCCAUUGCCGUCUGAUGCGCCACAGCUUGCUGCUUCCUUCCUGCUCCUGCUCGCUGCUUUCGCUGUCACUUCUGCUCUUAAUGAAUUAUGUAUGAAGAUUUGAGCUCGUUAGGUUCCUGAAAUGUUUUAGGGUAACUAAAAAACUAUUGUUCAAUACAUAACG